AGCCAAGAUAGUAUUAGAUGGUGCCCUUCUUUAUAUUACUUCGGUACGGCCAGACCAGCGGUAGAACGCGCCCAAUGGAUUCUGAAAUAGAAGUGCGAGGAGUCAGGUGGGCGGAGAGGACGGAAAAAUGCGCCCAAUGAUGGGGUUCCACAUCCCCCUUCUGCUACUACUUUCAUGCGCUUCCUGUAGAGUCAAAGUUACGAAACUUUGCGGAAGAUACUCUUUUCCUUGCCUUCUAUAUGUCUCCUCCUCAAGACGUUUUGCAGCUCGGGGUCUGCCAAGAAAGAGUCGCGGGUAUGGAAGGUGACGAUAGGCAGCGCAGCAUGUAAUGUGACGGUUUGUUGUCGGCAGAGCUUAAGGUAGAGGAUUGGAAAGUAGUGUAGAUAUGCAAAGAUGA